CUGUGUCAGCGUGAUCCAAACCCAACACGGCGCAGGAUGGAUCGACCAGAGAACUGCCUCCAAGCAUUCAUCAAGAAAUGGAGAAAACCCAAAUACGCUGCAGUUAUUGCCAUUGCCGUGAACGGUGUUCUCCUAGGCACCAUCACCAUCAUCAUCAUCAUAAAAGUAACCAAGAACCACGGUAACACCUCGGGGGAACAGCCAGUGGCGGAACAAGACAUCGAGAGCCACGUUAAACAGACACUUGAGGCCGUCAGCAACUCUCAAGAAUCAGACAUCUACGAAAGACAGGCCAGCUUACACAGCGCCUAUGAAGGAAAUGGGACAAAUCUUCAAAAGCCUGCCGCUCACUUGGUCAUCUCAACGGUGAUCUCCCCAAGCAACGAGGAGGUAACGCUGAGGUGGAACCCGAACUCCGGUCUGUCCCACGUGGGCAGAAGUAUUGAGUACAGGGACGGCGUCGUCAUAGUCCGAGAGAAGGGCUACUUCUUCAUCUACAGCACGAUUCUGUAUCACGGAAACGGAACCCAGGAGUUGGACUAUGGGCGGAUCAUUCACGCAGUGGUGAAGCAGAAGGCGUCAGAGCUGGAGGAAGCACCAACACCCCUGAUGAGAAACCUUCAGUCCACCCCCAGCAUCAGACGGGGACGUCUCGCCUACACCACCAGCAGCCUCGGGGCCACCUUCUACCUGGAGGCCAACACCAGGGUCAAGGUCACCAGCAGUGUGCCCGACAACAUCGACACCUCCCCCUACGACACGUACUUCGGACUUUUUCUUGUAUAAUGAACAUAGGAGACGGAUGUGUUCAGAUUCCAUUGGGCGUGGGCGAUCAUUGUCAUGUUAUUCCUUCAGUUUGUUCUACGUCUCACGACGAAGACCCCAAUCGUUUCUUUCUUCCCCAUAUGUCUCAUGCUUGUUUCUGUUUCCGAUUAGAUCGCGAAUUUGUUCUCUCUCGCUGUUUCCUAGACGUUUUAUUCGGAAUUGCUCGCUCCCUUUAGAAAAUAAGCGAUUUGUAUCUAAUUGGCAUGUAUCACAUUUAUAUUAUAAGUCAGUUCAUAGAUAACAUUAGCCCCUGGGUGUCACGAGGGAUACACGCGCACACGCACACGCACACGCACUCACACUCCCACACGCAUGCAGGCACACGCUGUUUACUAACUCCUAAAAUGCACACAUGACUACUAAUCGUGAACCACAUGAAACAAUAAUUACUAACUGUUUAAAUCUCAACAUAUGCUUCUGAAUUAUGUUGUUUGUUUGUUUGUUGUUUAACGCCGCACUCAGCAAUAUUCCAGCUAUAUGAAGGCGGUCUAAAAAAAUUUGUCUGAAGUAGACACUCCAGUGAUUAACAUCAUGAGCAUCGGUCCACGCAUUUUGAAUAUGUUG